AUGGAAAUAAAUUUAUUUGGAAUUUUUAUGAGCAAUAUCGUUUAUAAAAUAAAAGAGAAAACUAUUUUAGUAUUGUUAUUAAAUCUCAAGAAACUUAUAAAGUUUAAAUUUGUAUAUUUUCGAGUCAAAAUUUGAAGAAAAAGAAUUAUGGCUAUAAUGAAGGAUAAACUAAGGCCUAAAGAAUCAGACAAAAAUUUUUCUCUUCUGACCAAGUCUUUCUCAAAACAUCUAAUUGCAGGUGCAGGGGAUAAGCCAAAAGACGCAAUCGUCCAACCUUUGGCAAGCAAAAUUACUGAGACCUUGCCAGUCGAGCAAAAAGCAACCAAAACAGAAUCUACCUGCUCCGCAUCUAAUGACUUAAAGCCUCAUCCACAAAUCACUCCGCCCCUUGAAAAUGAAAAAUCGCCACUUGCCAUCUCACAGCUUAUUCGUGAAGGCUGAUCAAAAUUUCAAGAUUCUCAAUUUUCCCAAGGUGCAGAAAUUCUUGAUAUAGCAUUGAAAAAAUCGGAGCCUGGGAGCCUGAUAUAUUUCGACAUUUUAUAUUUGAUUGGGCGGUGCCAUAUGAAUUUUAAUUUAGAAUCGGCAUCAAAUAUUUUCCAGCAGCUCCUUGAGAGAAACACUGAGGAGCCAAUUUAUUGAAAUGGGUUUGGGGACAUAUUAGGCAAAUUAAAAAAGUAUUAUGAAGCAUUUCAAUGCUUUUUGAAAGUAAUAACUUUGGAUAAACACUUUAUUGAAGCAUGAAUUAACAUUGGAAUCAUUUAUGAUUUGUGCCAGAAGCCACAAAAUGCUGAUACAUCAUAUCAGGUAGCUUUUAAAAUUAAGUCAAAAAAUCAGAAAAUCAGAUUAAAUGUGGAGAAAAUGAUGAAAUCUCGACAUCUUCAGCUUGAAUUUGUGCAACCUGAUAUUAUUGAUCCUACAAAAAGUCCAUUUACCAAGUCCCCAACUGCUCCUGCUCAUAAUACUCUAUUAGCAGAAGUCGAUCCAAAGAUAGAAAGUAACUCCCCCUUUAAAUUGGAUAAAAUUCUGUUCCAAUUUAAAAAAGGGGUUAAUUUGGUUUUUUAAAUAAAUUUUAUAUCAAUAAAACAAAUUUAAAAAUAAAAAAUAUAAUUGAAUGCAAUAUAUUUUUGAGUUUUAUCUAUUUUUAUGAUAAUUAAUUUAAAAAAAUGUUUAAAUAAUAAUCUAUUUGCAUUUAUUUCAUUAGUUAGUAAAUUUUCCUAUUGAUUAUUUUUUCCGAUUUAAAGGGGUUUAAAGUACAAUAAAUGGGGAUUUGCCUAUAAUUUGUUUUAAUUUAAAGGGAGUAAGCAGAAAAGAAUUAAAACCGAUAGGCCAAAUGAGCUAGUUAAACCUGAAGAAAUAAUCCAAAGCACUCCACAAGAGUCAAUUAAAAUGGAAGAUUCUAUAAAUAUUAUAAGACCUCAAUUAUUGGUCCCAGCUGGAACUUCAAUUGAAAAUAUGAGCCCAAUCCCAAUAACAGCCGCACCCUUAGGUUCCAGAAUUCAGAUGCCUUCAAUUGCCCAAUUUCACGCAGGCUUUCUUUCAUUCUUGAACUGGUACUCAUCCGAAAUUCAACGUAGGAAGCAACAUCCAAAAAAUUCUCCAAAACAAUCAGAAGAAACAAUCAAAAAUGAAGAGCCUGCAAACAUGCUUCUUAAUCUUACUCCAGCAAAAAGGCAAAAGACCACCAAAGGCAAUGGCAAAAAGAAACGAAAAAUAUAA